AUGCAACCUUCUUAUGCCGCUGAAUUUCCAAUAGAAGAUAAUACUCAUACUUUUUAUGGCGGUAUGCUUAACUUUCUUGGAGCACUUUGUGGUUUCAUUGGUUCGAUACCUAUAUGUCCAUGCUUUCCCAAUCCUUAUAAAAAAGUUGAACAAGGUUAUGUUGGAUUAAUUUCUCAAUUUGGUAAAUUUUAUAAAUUUGUUGACCCUGGCUUGGUUAAAGUAAAUGUGUUCACCGAGGAUAUUCUUAGAGUUGAUAUUAAAAUUCAAAUCACAGAAAUCCCGCAUCAAUUUAUUAUGACAAAGGAUAAUGUAUACGUUCAAAUUUAUUCGGUAAUCUAUUGGCAUGUAAUUAAUCCUUACAAAUCAGUAUUUGGUAUUGCGGAUGUUCGUAAGGCUCUUAUCGAACGUACACAAACUACACUGCGCCAUACUCUUGGUACACGUGUUCUUCAAGAUUGUAUUGAAAAUCGUGAAGCAAUUGCUUACGAAAUUAAAGAGAUUAUUGAUGAACCUGCUAGUAAUUGGGGGGUUAAAGUUGAAAGUAUUUUGAUUAAGGAUAUCGAGUUUUCUAGAGAAUUACAAGAAUCCCUUUCGUCAGCUGCUCAGGCAAAGAGAAUUGGUGAAAGUAAAGUUAUUGCCGCACAAGCUGAGGUUGAUGCUGCUAAAUUGAUGAGACAGGCCGCAGAACUUUUGAAUUCACCAGCCGCUAUGCAAAUUCGAUAUCUUGAAACAAUGUCAUCAAUGUCCAAAGCUUCAGGAACAAAAGUUAUUUUCAUGCCAUACAGCACAAAUGAUGGGUCAUAUGGUGGGGAUGGUUCUUCAAGUAAUUCUAAGGUUGAUCCUGUUAAGGCUUCCGUUUAUGAACGACUUGCUGAACAUUAG